CGCGGUGCGCGGGGAGGGCGCGGCGAUGGCGGCGGGUCCGCGAUGGCGGGAGCGGCUGUUCGCCCUCUACUUCCUCUCACACAUUCCCGUCACGCUGCUGAUCGACCUGCAGGCGCUGCUGCCCGCCGGCCUCCACCCCCAGGCCCUGACAGAGUUGUUACAGUGGUAUGCAGCCACCUUUCGAGACCCCAUGAUGCUCCAGCCCCCAGAGUGGUUUAAGGCGUUUAUAUAUUGCGAAGCCUUCUUACAAAUGCCUUUCUUCCCCAUUGCAGCAUACGCCUUCUUAAAAGGUGGCUGCAAAUGGAUAAGGACUCCUGCAAUUAUCUACUCCACCCACGUAGCUACAACGUUGUUUGCGAUCCUUGCGCAUAUCCUGUUCCAUGAUUUCUCGCAGUCUGAGCAUUUGGGACCUCAGACACAACGUGAGCGCCUGAUUCUGCUCUCUAUAUAUGUGCCGUACUUGCUGAUACCACUUCUGAUUCUUUUUACCAUGCUCUACAACCCCCACUAUAACCACGUGGAGAAAAGGAAAAGGAAGUAG